CUGCUUUGCGUCACAAAAAGCCAACCCAACAUUGGUAACCAAAAAACUCUGAUCAAUAUUCCAUGGAGAAUCCAACAACUUUGACUCCUCCGCCAUCGCCGCCGCCGCCACACGUCCUCAUUUUCCCCUUACCAAUUCAGGGCCCGGUGAACACCAUGCUGAAACUCGCCGAAAUACUCUGCCUGCGCCACAUCGGCGUCACCUUCCUCAACACCCACCACGUCCACCGCCGUCUCCUGCGCUUCACCGACGCCGGCGAGCGUUUCGCCAAGUACUCCGGCUUCCGGUUCGCCACGGUCCCGGACGGGCUGCCGGAGGACAACCCCAGGACGGGGGACCAAAUCAUGAGGCUGAUUGAAAGUAUGGAGCAAGUAACGAGGCCGCUUUUCCGGGAGAUGGUCGUCGCCGGAGGGCUGGAUCGGCCGGUGACUUGUCUCUUGGUCGACGGAAUCCUUACGUUCGCCGUUGACGUGGCGGAGGAAGGCGGAGUGCCGCUUCUGUAUUUUGAUACGAUUAGUCCUUGUGGGCUUUGGAGUUUUAUGUGCGUCCCCAAACUCAUUGAAGCCGGCGAGCUUCCAUUUCAAGGGCCUGAUUUGGAUUCCCCAAUAAGGAGUGCGCCCGGGUUCGACAGCAUCCUACGCCGGCGGGACAUGCCCAGCUUCUGCCGGGCCGGAGACGUCAACGAUCCGACCAUCCAACUUGUUCUCAAGGAGGACCAACAUCUCCCCAAAGCAAGAGGCCUCAUUUUCAACACUUUUGACCGCCUCGACGGGCCCAUCGUCUCGCACUUCCGAGCCGUGUGCCCCAACGUCUACGCCAUAGGCCCACUCCACAUCCACCUCAAGUCGAGACUCCGGUCCUCCUCGACAGCAGCACCUGCGUCGUCCAACAGCCUGUGGGAGGAGGACAGGAGCUGCAUGGAUUGGCUCGACAUGCAACCGCACCGGUCGGUCCUCUACGUGAGCAUUGGAAGCAUGGCGAUCAUCAACCGCGACCAGCUCACGGAACUGUGGCAUGGGCUGGUCGACAGCGGGUCACGGUUCCUGUGGGUCCAGAGACCCGGCUCCGUGAUGGGGGGGACGGAUUCAGGGCACAACAACAACAAGACUAACAGCGAUGGCUCAUCAGACGAGUUACUAGCGAGGACGAAGGAGAAAGGCUUCAUCACGCAGUGGGCUCCGCAAGAGCAGGUUUUGGCCCACCCGUCCGUGGGCGGGUUCCUGACCCAUAGCGGGUGGAACUCGACCCUCGAGAGCAUGGUGGAGGGGGUGCCGAUGAUCUGCUGGCCGUACUUCGUCGACCAGCAGGUCAACAGCAGAUUCGUGCAAGAAGUUUGGAGGGUAGGGUUGGACAUGAAGGACGUGUAUGAGAGGGGGAGGAUAGAGAGAAUGAUAAGGGAGGUGAUGGAGGAUAGAAAGGAAGAGUUCUUGAAAAGGGCGAGUGAAAUGGCGAAAUUGGCCCAACAAAGUGUUGAAGAAAGUGGCACUUCGUACAAGGAGUUGGACCGUCUCAUUGAUGAUAUUAAGUUGAUGAGAAUCUAAAAAUAAUAAAAAUGGCAUGGGCGGCUGAUCAAACCCUACGUACGUGUUUUAAUUUCUUUGGCAUAUUAUAAUCAUCAUUUGUGUGUAUAUUAAUUAAUAUUGUGACAUGGAUUGGUAUCUCAUCUCAUUGGUAUGUAUAUAUGAUUAUUGGUAUGUACAAUGUAUUGCUACUUUGAGAAUAGCUUUAUGUUCUCUAUUUGCUAAAAACUGUGUGGUUUAAAGUCAUUAUGUUGACUCUUCCAAAUAGGAGACAACAAGUUUAAAUCCCAAUUGGUAACUCUUUUUGUUUUAAUAUAGGUAAACAGACGUU